AUGCAUGGCAUUAGCUGGAGGUUGAUCCUCCUUGCUUUUCUCUUCACAUCAUCCUGGGCUCACUCGUGGGUGGAACAGCUUAUGGUCAUUGCACCAAAUGGAACCUUCGUGGGUUCCCCAGGCUAUCCUCGUGGAAACAUCCUUCGCUCAAAUCCUUCAUUUAGCGACACCUCCAUGACUUACCUGCUCCCAACCGAUGGCAAAGCGGAAGCCACCAAGGCUGAUUAUCUUUGCAAGGACACUCAACGGAAACAAGCUCAGACGGAUGGGAGUCCACGGCUACAGGCGAGCGCAGGCGCCGCCAUUGCCCUCCGCUUCCAAGAAAAUGGGCAUGUAACACUCCCGGAAACACAGAAAGGGAAACCCAAGAACCGCGGGACAAUCUACGUCUACGGAACGACGGACCCAAAGGAGGACGAAAAACUUCUGGAUGUCCACAAAGUGUGGACUGAAGAUGGAGCCGGUGGUGAUGGGCGCGGAGUCUUGCUGGCACAACGGAACUACGAUGAUGGCCGCUGCUACCAGGUCAACGGUGGUGAAAUCUCCACAAAACGACAGAAGGAAUUCCCGCACGAGGCCGACAAAUACAUGGGUGGCGAUUUAUGGUGUCAAGCAGACAUCGCGUUACCGAGCAAUGCCCCCUCAGGCAAGCCAUAUACGCUCUACUGGGUUUGGGACUGGCCUACCGCCGCCGGGGUAGAUCCCGGUCUCCCUCACGGCAAGCAGGAGAUGUACACAACAUGCAUGGAUGUGGACGUUGUCGAUCACUCAGACAGCCGAAUGAGCAAUAGCGCAAACUACGAUCACGACCAAUCUCUGAACGGUGCCUCUAUUCCUAAGCAAUUCAACGAGAUCUUCGCUUCACAAUCCGGGAGUUCUUCGGAAGCAACUUCUACGAAACCAACGCCGACUCCUUCGAGACCGGUGACACCAGCACCAUCUGGGCCAGCAACGGGACGCCCAGUAGCGACGGUCACGGUGACCUCCUUUGUGACCUCUGUGCAAUGGGUACGCCCGACCGGCAAUGCUUAG